AUGGAUGGCGGAAUUGAAAGCAAGCUUCUGAUUGCAAAAUCCCGAGUCGCUCCUCUUCGUGGCUUGUACAUACCCCGGUUGGAACUUUGUGCGGCUGUCCUUGGCAGUCAAUUGAUCCACAACCUACGAACAACAACAGAUUUCGACGGAUCAGCAGUGUUUUGGUCGGACAGCACUGUCGUAUUGCACUGGAUACAGUCGCCACCGAGUGACUGGAAAGUGUUCGUUUCUAAUCGUGUUGCGGAGGUGCAACGUCUUGCUCGUGAGCUUCCCUGGAACAACGUCCCAUCCGAGCUUAAUCCUGCGGAUCGCAUAUCGCGCGGGACAAAUCCGAGUCAAAUUAUCAACGACUCACUUUGGUGGCAUGGGCCACCUUUUCUAAGGCAGGAGGCUGAAUCUUGGCCGGAUUUCCCAUCAAACCCCACGAAAACUCAAGACACCGAGCUGGAGAAAUGCGUCAUCGUAGUGCUAGUUACCAACCCAAUCGACGAUUCCAUUUUCGAGCGGUAUUCAGACCUGGGGAAGCUGUUGAGGACGGUGGCAAUGUGUAUCCGAUUUGGUUCUAACUGUCGACGGCCGAAAGCAGAAAGAGUGUACGGCAAUCUCACUCCACCGGAAAUCGACGGAGCAUUGAAAGCCAUGGUACGUCUCGCUCAGGUAAGCAGUUUCUCUAAGGAAAUCCAUCUUCUCAAACGAUCUAAACUUGACUUCGAAGCCAAAUCUCCUCUAAGAAACCUGAACGUUUUCCUCGAUCAGUUCGACCUUCUGCGCUUGGAUGGUCGGUUGAAAAAUUCUCCUGGCCCAUACGAUUCGAAAUUCCCAUUGAUUCUACCAGCAAAUCACCAGAUCAGCUUCCUGAUAGCGCGCUCUCUCCACGUGAGGACGGCCCAUGCAGGACCGUCAUUACUACUUGCGACCAUGCGCCAGAGGUUUUGGCCGGUGCGUGGGCGUAAAUUAGUUCGGAGAGUGGUCCGAAAGUGCAUUACUUGUUUCCGCUGCCGCCCUACGGAUUACCACCAACAAAUGGCUCCACUACCAGCGGCCAGAGUCGCUCCAUCCAGAGUAUUCUCCAAAGCCGGGCUGGACUACUGCGGGCCAUUUAGCGUUCGUCCUUUGUAUGGGAGGGGGACCAACGUUAAGAUGUACGUCGCGAUUUUCGUCUGCCUGGUGGUAAAAGCGGUGCAUUUCGAAAUCGUUCCGAGUCUCACGUCCGCCGCGUGCAUUAAUGCAAUCAAACGGUUUGUAGCUCGACGCGGUCGGUUGAUUGAGCUACAUUGCGAUAACGCCACAGCCUUCGUCGGGGCUGAUUGCGAGUUGAAAUCGUUGCGUCGUCAAUAUCUCGAGCAGUUCAAGACGGACGAGUGGAAGGACUAUUGCCUUGAUUCCGGAAUAUCCUUCCGCUUUAUUCCUGCUCGCUCUCCACAUUUUGGGGGGCUGUUGUGGGAGGCCGGAGUAAAGUCGUUCAAAUACCAAAUUCACCGAAUUUUCGCUGCCAAUUCCUACACCUUGGACGAGUUUACUACAGCAGCGACACACAUUGAGAGCAUUCUGAAUUCCCGGCCUCUCACACCCCUCACUGACCAUCCCGAUGACCUCACCGUGCUUACGCCUGGCCACUCUUUGGUCGGGGAACCGAUGUUCUACAUCCCAGAGCCGGACAUGACGAAGGAUCCCGUGUCGCGACUCUCUAGAUUCCAGGACCCACGCCGUUCUGUCCAAAACUUCUGGAAACUUUGGUCCAGAGAUUACGUCACACAGUUACACCAGCGAUCAAAAUGGAGGACUCCCUCGCCAAAUAUCCAGAUGGGAGAUUUAGUCCUUCUGAAACAGGAGGGGCUUCCGCCGUUCAUGUGGAACAUUGGACGGGUCGACGAAACAUACACAGGCCCUGACGGUUUAGUGCGUGUAGUUCUUGUGCGCACGAACCGUGGUGUGUAUAAACGGGCAGUCACCGAGGUCCGAGUAUUACCGAUUGACGAGCCUGAUGACAAUCAACCUUCUGCGAACUAG